UCCGUUUUUUCUCCUGCAUCUGUUCAGUUCUUUUCAUUAAUGGGUAACAGAUAGCGUUUGAGUCAAACUGCAGAAGCGUGACGAGAUGUGAGGAAGUGGAACUGUUGAGGCACCAUCAGACCUCCCCUGGUGCGAACCGUCUCGUUUUAUCAGCCAGCCGUGACCGCGGCUUUAACGCCAGCUCAUAACCAUGGCGAGMGCCGAUCCUCCAUGGAAACCGUGUUUCCUUUUUUUCACGCCCGGUUCAGGUGACCACGACACCGUCAAAACUUUGCAAACUGUCGGCUCGGAGUCGGAUCUGCCGUCUUGACAUGAAGGGCGUGGCGGCGUUUGUUCUGGUGCUGAUGGAAGUUCAUCUCUGCAGUCCCUGUCGCAAAGUGGAAUCUGUUCUGAUCUGUCAAAAGGUCUUAGCAAACUUUGAACCUGGCUGUUCAACCAUGGCUGUUUUAAUGCGUAAUGUUGGAGAAAUCAACUCCUCGGUGCUGCAGAGUGAAAAGCUCGCCUCAGUCACUCGCCUCACCGGUGAGGACGCUGGCAUCACCGAAAUCGCCGAAAACGCUUUCGGCUCCUUUUCAAACCUCCAACUCCUUCAUUUAGACGGUAACCUGCUGUCGCAGAUCAGUCCAACCUGGUUCAGGAACCUUGGGGUCCUCAGAGACCUCCRACUCGCAGGGAACCUGGUUGAAGGUUUGAACGGGUCCAUGCUGGACGGACUCACAAACCUCACAGCGCUCAGCCUGAGGAAGAACAGGAUCCRAAGCAUUCACCCGAACAGUUUCAGAUCCCAGAUCCUGCUGGCUGACCUGGAUUUGUCUGAGAACCAGCUGACGUGGGUCUCGCCGCAGAUCUUCAGGUCACUGGGUUCUCUCCGGUUCAUCAGGCUGGAUAAGAACCCCUGGAACUGCUCCUGUGAUGCCGAAGACUUCAUUACCUCCAUUAAAGAGCUGAAGAGACGAAAUCAGCUGAAUGAAUCGGUGGGUGUUACUUGUGGGAGUCCUCCACCUCUGAGGGGUCAGCCUGUGUGGAACGUCUCCAUCUGUCCACCAACAACACAAACUCCCUCCAAAACACCGACCGCAUCCCCUGCAAAACCUGAGUCAUCUAGUCCUCUAAACCCGUCAUCAAAGACUGAAACCCCGUUUCAGUCCAGACCUACUGAUCCUCCACCUCCGACAGUCUCCUCUCACCCCGUCACUCCUUCAUCAUCAUCGUCAUCAUCAUCAUCAUCAUCAUCAUCAUCAUCAGAGGCUUGUGAAGAAACCAAACCCCCCGAUGCACCAACACCUUCAUCCACAGAAAAUCAUGUGACAUCACCUCCAGGUACAAACUGCACCGACAUGAAACCCACCAACACGUCCAAUACAAAAGUUCGCACUCUCAUUAUUGUGAUUGUGGUGCUCUCCGUGCUGCUGCUUGCCUCAUGUUUCACGGCAGGGCUGCGGAUAAGAAAACGCAGCAAGAAAACCGUGAUGCCCGAAUGUCCGAACGAGGAWAAGGAGGAGAAAAAGCUGGAGGAAGAGGGCAGGUCAAGUCCUGACCGGUCUGCAGGAUGCUCUCAGAUCAGGUACUCGGAGGUGACUCGGAUGAAAUCGUUUUGCGGGGUCAGAGCCAAGUCUGCGAACGCCGUCAUCCUCACAUCUCCAUUCUGCCUGCCAAAAGAUGAAGUUAACAUCCAAACUGAGACAGAGGCUCCAUCAGACGGUUCAGGAACCCCGGGAAGGAAGGAACUGGUAACCAAACCAAGAGAAAUCCUCUCUGACGAGUUCACAGCCACGGACUCGAUGUCAGWGUUUGAGAAACRAGAGAAUUCUGAUGAUCUKUAUGAAAACCCAGACUGUGUUUACGCCAACACUGAAACUGAUCCUUAUCUGAGCAUUGGCACAGUCCAGAACAAACCCACUUCUGAWGAGUCUACUGCAGGUCCAGGUCCAGGCGAGAACCAACAGAGGGGUAAAGUUAUGAGGAGGGUUUCCMCCUGGCCUCCGUCUGCAGCUCAGUGGCGGGCCAGAUGUGAAAUGAAAGAGGAGCAGGAGGCCGAGAGUUCUGCUGUUUGGACACAAAACGUGACUCUGAAGCUCUCAGACGAAGUGGAGACGAUUGUCAACAAGAUCCCCGAAAGAGAAGAGCAAACUCAAAUGGGCCAAAGAGACACUGUUUUCAACACAAACAGGCCUUCUGUCAAUGAGCUGGAAAAGGAGGAAAGAAAGCUUCUGGACCAAGUUCCUCUGAGACAAACGAGCGCAGACGUCCGUCACAACGAAGAGCUGAAAUGUGGAGGAAACCCUGCCCACCAGAGCAGCAGCAGCAAGGCAGAUGUAAGGAAGGGGCCAAAGCGUUGUGUGGCCAGCAGGCAGAGGGCAGAAAMCAGGGCUGUCGCGUCGAAGGCGCCCUCCGGUGGCACCUCGCCGGACGACGAAACGCUGCUGUCCGGGAACGAGUACGUCUUUGUGAACCUGCUGCACGAGGUGGCUCAGAACAACGGGCGCUGGACCCGAGAAAGGUGGAAGCAGAUGCACAUCAACAAGCAGCGGCGGUGAAACACAUUUACCUGCUACAGCUAUCAGAACCAUUUGUUAGACUAGACGCGUCAUGUGUGACAUUAUGCACAGUUUUAGGAGGUCAAACUAUAUUCAUCUUAAACUCUUAUAUCUGUGUGUUAAAAACCUCUAAAAAAGCGGUUUCAGACACUUUCCAGAGUAAAAUAAUUAUGUCACGUGUCAAACUUAAGGCCCAUGGGCCAARUGUGGCCAGCCGCUGCAUUUUAUAUGGUCCGCGAGAGCUUCAAAGAUAUAUUAAUGUCUUUAAAAUAAGCUGCUUUAUAGCCAGUAUUUUCCAUAAACUACAU